CGCCCCACCGCGCCCCCAUCCCACAUCUCACCCCCCCGCUCCCCGGGGCGCGGAGGCGGGCUGUGCCGUACCGUGCCGUGCCGUGCUGAGCCGGGCCGAGCCGAGCCGAGCCGAGCCGUGCCGGCGGGCGGGCGGUGAGGCGCGGCUGGCGGCGCAGGAGGCCGGGGCCAUGGCGCUGGACGGGAUCCGCAUGCCGGACGGCUGCUACGCCGAUGGGACGUGGGAGCUGAGCGUCCAUGUCACCGACCUGGGCCGCGACGUCACCCUGCGGGUCACCGGCGAAAUCCACAUCGGCGGCGUCAUGCUGCGCCUCGUUGAGAAGCUCGAUGUCAAGAAAGACUGGUCGGAUCACGCGCUGUGGUGGGAAAAGAAGAAAACUUGGCUCCUUAAAACGCACUGGACGUUGGACAAAUACGGGAUACAGGCUGAUGCCAAGCUCCAGUUCACACCUCAGCACAAGCUGCUUCGCCUUCAGCUGCCCAACAUGAAGUACGUCAAGGUGAAAGUCAACUUCUCGGACAGGGUCUUCAAGGCGGUUUCUGACAUCUGCAAAACGUUCAACAUCAGGCAUCCAGAAGAGCUCUCCCUUUUGAGGAAACCCAGAGAUCCGUCGAAGAAAAAAAAGAAGAAGUUGGAUGAUCAAUGUGAAGACGACGCCUUCGAGCUGGAGGGUCCGCUGAUCACGCCGGGGUCCGGCACCGAUAUUCUUUACAUCGGCCCCGUCAAAGGAAACAUAUAUUCGAGCCCAGGACUGUAUAGCAAAACGAUGACACCGACCUACGACGCUCACGAUGGCAGUCCCCUGUCACCCACUUCAGCCUGGUUCGGUGACAGCGCCUUGUCGGAGGGGAACCCGGGCAUCCUGGCCGUGAGCCAGCCCGUCACCUCCCCGGAGUCCUUAGCAAAAAUGUACAAGCCACAGGCGCUGCUCGAUAAAGCCAAAAUCAACCAAGGAUGGCUGGAUUCGUCCCGAUCUCUUAUGGAGCAGGAGGUGAAAGAAAAUGAGGCUUUGCUGCUCCGGUUCAAGUACUACAGCUUUUUUGACCUGAAUCCAAAGUACGACGCGAUCAGGAUCAACCAGCUGUACGAGCAGUCCAAAUGGGCUAUUCUGCUGGAGGAGAUCGAGUGCACGGAGGAAGAAAUGAUGAUGUUUGCGGCGUUGCAGUACCACAUCAAUAAGCUGUCCAUCAUGUCCUCGGAAAACCACCUGAACAACAGCGACAAGGAGGUGGAUGAGGUGGAUGCUGCGCUCUCGGAUCUGGAAAUUACUUUGGAGGGUGGCAAAACGUCGACGAUCUUGGGUGACAUCACUUCCAUCCCGGAGCUCGCCGACUACAUUAAAGUCUUCAAGCCCAAGAAGCUGACGUUGAAAGGCUACAAGCCGUAUUGGUGCACCUUCAAAGAUACCUCUAUCUCCUGCUAUAAAAGCAAAGAGGAAUCCAACGGGACUCCUGCACACCAGAUGAACCUGAGAGGAUGUGAAGUUACCCCUGAUGUGAACAUCUCUGGUCAGAAGUUUAACAUCAAACUUCUGAUUCCGGUGGCGGAGGGAAUGAAUGAAAUCUGGCUUCGCUGCGAUAAUGAGACGCAGUACGCCAGCUGGAUGGCCGCCUGCCGCCUGGCCUCCAAGGGCAAGACGAUGGCCGACAGCUCCUACGGCAUGGAAGUCCAGAACAUCCUCUCCUUCCUGAAAAUGCAGCAUUUGAACCCAGACCCGCAGCUGAUCCCAGAACAAAUCACCACCGACAUUAAUCCCGAGUGUCUGGUUUCUCCUCGCUACCUGAAAAAGUACAAGAACAAGCAGCCAGGCUAUGUAAGAGACUUGAUCACGGCACGCAUCCUGGAAGCCCACCAGAACGUCGCUCAGAUGAGUCUCAUCGAGGCGAAGAUGCGGUUUAUUCAAGCCUGGCAGUCGCUGCCGGAGUUCGGCAUCACGCAUUUCAUUGCAAGGUUCCAGGGGGGCAAGAAGGAGGAGCUGAUCGGCAUCGCCUACAACCGGCUGAUACGGAUGGACGCGAGCACGGGCGACGCCGUCAAAACCUGGCGGUUCAGCAACAUGAAGCAGUGGAACGUGAACUGGGAGAUUAAAAUGGUGACAGUGGAGUUUGCAGAUGACGUUCGGGUGUCCUUCAUUUGCACGGAGGUGGAUUGCAAAGUGGUUCACGAGUUCAUCGGCGGCUACAUCUUCUUGUCGACGCGAGCGAAAGAUCAGAAUGAGAGUUUAGAUGAAGAGAUGUUCUACAAACUGACCAGUGGUUGGGUGUGAGUCCCAUGUACUGUACACCGAGAGGAAACCCCAUGGCCAUAUUAAUAUUUAACUUUAAAAAGCUGUUCUUUGAAAUAUGCUGCUUAAUAAAGUAAGCUUGAAGUGUAUCUUUUUUUUUUUUUUUUUUCUAAAUCAUGAAAAUUUUUGCAUUGCCAGACCAGUUAAUCUGUGUGCACUAAUGAGCACUUCUGUUAAUUUGCUAUAACAAGACCGUAUCUGGGCCGGGUGAUCGUGCUGCUGGCCUUUAGAUACAGAAUCUGAUGGGCAGAUCCGGAUGAGAUUUGACUGACUUAAAAUAGCCAAUUUUCUAAGAGAACUCUAAGCCAUCUUCUUGUAAAGCCAUCCAGGGCUUAACCUAUAUGAAGUCUAUUUAUCAUGUUUAAUGCAUGAGUGUUUUCUUUCUUUUUUUUUUGUGUUUUUUAUUCUGUACAUUUGACCUGUUUUGAAGUCGUCCUACCCAUAAGUAGAAUUGCCAUCUCUCCUUUCACACUACAUGCACCGGGACUGCUACAGGUGCCUGACAUGACUUUGAAGAUAGUUGCGUGUGGCCUCAAAGAUGAUCUUCUGUUAGUCUGUUAUAGCUUGGUUUUAUUUGUUAACUUGCCUUUUGAUAAUCAUUUAUAUUGUCUUUUUUUUUAAAUUUUAUUUUAUUUUUACACCAUAUUGUAUUAUGACACUUUUAGUAUUCACCAGCAUAGUCACUGUUCUGCCUAUGAUAUGCAAACUUUUUCAUUACAAUAUGAAGUAAAGGUCUAUGAAGUAUAGGUUUCGUGUAACUAAUGUAAAAAACACAAAUUUUAUAAAAUUGUACAGUUUUUUUAACUAGUCUCACAAGCCAGCUAGAAUAUUGCAUAGAUCUGGUGUAUCAGCAUUAACUAUAGUAUGCCUGUAAGGGGUACGGGGAGUAACCAAGAAACAAACAAACAAAAAAAACCAAUUUCAGUCCAGUAAAUUUUUAUCUUAAGUUAAAUGGGAGUUCAGAGCUGCGCCACAACAGCCUCGAUAACUGAUACCUGGGGCCAGGACCUCCCCGUUCGUUAAGCCAGCACAGCGUUAACGCUAACGGGGUCCCAUCCGCCCCACCUAAUGCCGAGAAAUAACCAGUGUUGCGUUCCUGUAGUCUGUGGUUUCAAGACUAUGUACAAAUGCAUUUUAUUUUAAAUAAAAGUCAAAUCUUUUAUUUAAUA